AUGCGGCGGAUCACUGCGACUCAGCAGCAGCAUCAACAACAGCAAAAUCGAGACCAUUGUGAGGAUACAGUGGAUCUUUGCGAGAGGCAACUGAGCCACGCAAAUUCAGGCCGGAGAUCAAAUUCCCCAUCUCCAUGCAAUCGGGGAAUCCCAAGCUCCACAACGUCUGAUCCACCGGCUUCCACGCCAGAGCGUCAUGCCGGCGAUGAGCCUUGUCGGGUAUCAACAUCAUCCUUGGUCCUACAACUUUGUGUCUACAGACUGCGCCUGUUCCCGGUAUGGCCAAUCGUUGAUGUCGAGGAGAUCAUGGGCUCACUUCACCGAGACGCGGGAAAUCUCGACGCAUAUGCUCUGGCCACUGCAAUCGGGGCGGCGACCAUCGCUCAGCUCAAGCUUGAUAGCCCGGAAAGCGGAAACAUGGCAAUGGCGGCUUCGAUGGAAGCCGAAUGUCAGGGAGCCAUUGACCAUAUUCGACGAAAACAACAAAGCUCGGAUCUGAAUAUCAACUCCAUUCGUGUGUCUUUCUUUCUGCAUGUCUAUCAUGAGAAUAGCGCACCAGGAGGUCCGAGGUCGUUGCUAUACCUGCGAGAAGCAAUCAGCAUUGCUCAGAUCAUGGGCUUGCAUCGUGAAUCAAGUUAUGUACAUUUGACAACGCGUGAGCAGCGUAUGCGACAGCGGAUUAUGUCAUUGUUAUUUGUCACUGAGAGAGGAGUGGCAAUGCUUCACAAGUUGCCCGUCAUUCUGCAAUUCAAUAGCAGAUUUGUCAAUCUUGACGAGUCUGACGAUGAGACUCACGUACUGCCCGCAUUUAAGAAGUUGGUGACUCUCUUCUCAUUAAUUGACCAGUCUGGUGUGUUUGCUUCACUUCACAACUCAGACGAAGUUCAACCUUUUGAUGGCAUCAGUGCCAUCAACCGGGGCACCUUCAGUAGCCUCCAGCGUCAGCUGCGAGAAGCUGCGUUUCAAUUACGCGAGACGAACGACAUUCAGAUGGCAGACAUCUGGGUUACAACCCAGUGGAUGCAAGCAAUAUUGUGGAGAGCAUCGAUGAGUAGAAGAUUUGCAACCUUUGACACGCCUCAACAGCCAGUCACAUCGCUUUCGCAUCCAAUACAAAUUGCAAAGGAUUUCCUGGAAGCUAUGUCUCGACUUCCGAGUUCUGCACUUGAGGCCCACGGUCCCGCAAUGGAAUACAAGAUCUUUGAAAUUGCAAAGGCAGUGACCGACUCAGUAACAACGGGGCUCAACGAUCCGACUAUCUCGAUUGAGCUCUCCAGAGACAUUCUCCACCGGUUACAGAGCAAACUAGCCUCCUUUCGAGGCGGAAACAAAACACUUCUCUCGCUGCUCCAUGCUCGUAUAUCGGCGGCAUUGCAAGACACAAACCAACGAAUAUAUAAUGACUCUCCUCCCCAGGACGAUCGGCCUGUGUCAUCAUUUAGCCAAGGGAAGCACAUAUAUUAUCCCGAUCAUCAAAUCCAGCCUUUACCCCUGGUUGGACCGGUGCCCCUCCGGAAUUUCGGUACCCACGGAGACAUGGCAUCUCGGCCAGGACAAAAAUCUCCACAUGCCAUGAACGACAGUCUUUCAACUUUACAUCUCAUGUCCUGGGACCACAAUUUACCCGAAGGCUUUCAGUCUCCUCAUCAAGAUGCACUGCUCUCCAGCACCCUCGCUGACCUCGAUGCUGCGGGUGCGAUGGAGCUUCUUUUUGCUAAUAGUGCCAUGUGGGAUUCGGUUGAGAAUUGGGAUUUCCAAGCGACGGAGGGAGCAGCGGUAUAA